CUAGUUCGUUUCUGCGUGAAGAAUAAAACGUUGCCAGCCAGCGUUUCAACCUCAGCAAGAUGUCUAGGAAGAUGUCUUCGAAACAUGGACACCCGGAACUGGAGGCAGCCCAAAGAAAGUGUCUGAGAAUAAAAGUUAUGAGGAGAGGGACACGCAGGACAAGCUGCAUGAUCAGAGGGAUUACAUCUAAGAUGGUUGAGAUCAGGGAAGGACAGAAACGAGUAAAAGAGGGGCAGAAGGAAGUAAGGAAAAAAUUUAAAGAAAUAAGAAAAGAGUCAAAGAAACUAAAAGACGAAACCGAUCUUAUCUCCAGGCAGAGUGCUGCAAAUCAACUCAGGCUUGAUCUCAUGUUUCAAAUAGUGAAAGCCAGAGCAGAUAAUGAUUCUGCCAAAGACGCUCAUCUUACACAAACCUUGCGUGAACUAAUGGCGAAAGGAGAAUGUGAGCAUAAGCAAGCUUUUCAUAGAGGAGGGGAUCAUCAAGCACGAACUAUGUAUAAUUAGUGUCAGUUUUAUUAUACCAUGAUUUGAUCUUACGGUCCUGUUCUGACCCUGGCCAAAGAAAAUACAAAUUAUUGUACUACGAAUUAAUCACGAUACUCAACUCUUUAAUAUAUAUAUAUAUGCAUUGUACUUCUUCUUCUUCUU